GGGGCGGUCCCAAGGCCAUGGCGGGCGCCCUGUUCCCGCCGUCGGAGCUGGCGGCGGAGCUGGAGUGCUCCAUGUCGCUGCUGGAGGUGGGCGCCGGGAGCGCGGAGCAGCAGCAGCAGCAGCCGCCGCAGCGGUGGGGGUCGGGCGCGGAGGGCUCGGACAGCGAGCUGCCCAUGGUGUUCCUGUGCGCCGGCUGCAAGCGGCCGGUGGGCGACACGCUGAGCUGGGUGUCCAACGACGAGGAGGGCGGCUGCAUCCUGCUGCGCAGUGCGGCCGCCAGCGUCUCGGUGGACCACAAGCGGAAGCUCUCCAAGCUGCCCGACGAGUGCGGAUGCGUGGUAGAAACCUUGUUCUGCUCUGGCUGCUCGAGGACACUUGGACACAUCUACAGGUGCACCCCAAAGCAUCUCGACUACAAGAGGGGUUUGUUCUGUUUCAGCAUUGAUUCUAUUGAAAGCUAUAUUCUAGGAUCCUCAGAAAAGCAAGCUCUUACUGAUGAGGAGCCGCUGACUCUUGAAAGUCAAGCUGUCUUGCAAGAGGUGCUGGAAAGGGCACACACUAUAUUAAAAGCUCUGGAGACAAGACUGACAGCUAUUGAGUCGUGUGUGGCUCCUCUGCCCAAGAAAGUCUGAAAGAAAUUACAUGUUUAACUGCUGAAGACUGGAGAAAGUGAAACUUGUCCUUGUAAUCCUCUGGGAUCAGUGGAAACAUUGGAAAAGCUGUCAGAGAGCUGAAAGACAUGAGUGGCUCAUGCUGUAGUGGAACAGUGCUGAGUAAGCAUCCUAGCCAUCCUAGCCAACCUUUUCUUUCUCUUAAAAGGAUACCCCAGAUAGAAAUAUUUUUUUUUUCUUAAGCAAGACUUGUGAUAAAUCAAUCUGUAGACUUCUGGUUUAAUGUAAAUAUUUAUUUAAAUUUUUCUCUCUGAAAGCAAAGAAUUUAUCUCCUGACUUCCCUGAUAUUCAAUAUCUACUGAACUGGGUGUGCAUUUUCCUAAACCAGUGCAAAACCUCCCUGUGAUGCUGUGAUGUCUGAAGGAACAACACUAAGUCACUUUUCCCUGUCUUGUCUCCACAGCCUUUGCUCAACUCAUGCUCAGAGACAGGAAUGGGCCAAAAACUAUGGUUUUGUGGUUUGUUAGUUUUGUGAGGUUUUUUUACAAGUUCAGAGCUAAAAUGUGACAUCAAUAAAGGCUUUAACAGCAUUAGAUAAAAGGGCUUUUCCAUGCUAUAAUGCUCCAGUUUUGAAGCUUUAUGCUUAACUGGAAAUAUUACUUAUAUUUAGGAAUUUUAUGUUAGUUUACUAAACUUUUGAAAAGCUUUUAGUUCGUUCUUACUUUGAAUUCACAUAUGGAGAAAACACUGCUACACUUUCUCUGAGAGAAUUUCUUUUAAUUUAGUGAGAAAAUAAGACAUUUUGGCAAAAGGUUUUACAGGGGUGGCAUAACCUAGGCAUAAGUAUUUCACCAAAACACCCAGCACAAAGGCCCAGUUCACAAAAGCAUCCACUACAAAACAAUCAGUACACCAUCUUAGUAAAACACAACUCAUUAGUUUUAAGUUACCCACAAGAGAAAGAAAAGACUAAAGGAAGAAAACAAAGAAGUAAAGAAAUAGAGAGGAGAGAGGAAGGAGAGAAAAAUAGUUACCCCCAUGAUCUGAUGGUGGCAGCCAGAAGAGAAAAGCUCUCCUAGGGUCUCGUGCUCCCACAUUUAUAUAGUUUGGUCCUGCCUCCCAGGCAGGAUAUCCAGUCAUUGACCACUCAGUGCCUUCCAGGCCAGAGUGAGGUGUGUGUAGGCAGUCACAGGCUCCAGGGGUGUGGUGUGGGUGGGCUACCAGGCAGGUCUGCCUUGGCUGACAGCCCGGCCACAUGGCUCUUGGAGCUGCCCCGUGUGCUGCGUGGGCUCAGCCGUCCGUGUUGGCUGCAGGCCUUACCAUGUGCCUUGUGGCUCUGCCAUGUGCUCUCUGUGGGCAGGCCUUGCCAGGUACCUGCAGGCCCAACCACACACUUACGGCUGGUUGACUCUCACCCACAUGAACAUAUAAUUCAGUGAGAUUCAAACUCAGUAUCUCACAACUGCAGUAUUGAAAGUCAGAUGUUUUACAGCUUCAAGGGGAGGAAACCAAACCAGGCUGGUGGCAGCACUCCUUUAAGCAAAACUUGGUGUAUAUUUGAGCCAUUAAUUCAAAAUGCUAACUAGGAACACUUGCCAGCAAUUUUUUUUUGUUUUAAUGCAGAUAUUUCAGUUAUUUUUCUUUGGUCUUCUGUGCAUUUGACUAAUUGUCAGCGUUUCUUGUACAGUAUGAGUGUUCCACCUAAUGUUUUUCAAUAAAAGCAAGCAGCUGUAGUCUAAAGCAAGAAUAAUUUCAAAAAGUGGGGGCGUUUUUAUUAUCCACACUGCUUAAUUUUACUGUUGUGAGGUUUUACGUUUUCUUCAAAAACUCUGAAUUCAUUUCCCCAUUCUGCCCCACUGGCAGGCACUGUUUCUCUUAAAAAAGCUUCUGCCCUCCACCUUCACUGGUAUAUUUUGAAGUGGUGCUCAAGUUUAGCCUGUAGUGAUAAGUCUCAUAUUCUUUUAUGCUUAGGUAACUAAAAGAUUUUGUUACUGACAUACCUGCUAGAGGAGCUUGUGUUACUCCAGUGUAAUUUUUGAGGCAAUUUCUGCUCUUACAAGUUUUUAAAUGCUGGUCAACAGCAACAUUCCUUAUCCUGGAUGCCUGAAGAGAGCCAUGGACUGCCCUUUAACUGAAGGUUGGUUGGUGUUAGAGGUGAGAGGUUGAAUAACCCAACGUUUAUCAAGCUGGAGGUGGUGUCUAAGUGGGUUCUUGUCUUUGUUCAAUUGUGAGGUACGUGGCAACCUCCACUGGUUGUUCUUUUGGUUUGGCCAUAUCCUGGGUCACCAUGGUAUCAGGUGUUUUACUCUCAUCUUUCCCUUUUCCCUGGAAGUGCUGCACCAUGCCGAGCAGCUUCCGGCCACGUUGGGCCCCAAUAAAUGUCUCAGUUUAACAAGACAGAAAUGUUUGCUAAGGAGGGCAAGAGAAAAACCAAGCUCCUCCCUCUGAGUAACUAUGACUUCGAAAUUAAGACUUCUCCAGUCGAGAAGGAGACCACCACCGAAAUUUUGAGUCCACCUCCAAAACUGAAUACAUCCAAGGAUUGCUUCCAGACAAAAGGAAAGACACUUCUCCAACAGCAGCCAGAACCUGGGAAGGGCUCUACCUAACCACGGGAGACACCAUACCUUAGACAAACCAUAAUGAUGAAUUCUAGAAAUAAAAGCAUAUGGCUUCCAACCUAUCUCA